GGCAUUGGCGUUGCAUAUACUUUCCUCACACAUUCAUCGUCAGACGACGGCGGGCCUCGAAAACAGGUCUCGAUAGGGUCUCGUGAGCAAUAGUGUCCCACGGUAGCGAGGUAGCGAAUCUGCGAAAUGCGUCUCGAUGGAGUCCAACCUGAACUCAAUGUCUCUCGAUCAUGAGACAUUUUAUUACCCAAACCUGUAAAAGAAGGCGAGAAGCAGGGAUGGUGAAGAGUAGGGUAUGUGAACAGUGAGGAUAUCAAAGUGUACUUAUACCAGAUGUCAAAGUCGUUGGUCUCCGUCCCACUUCUCUUCGAGCGAUGGCUUCUUUUUGCAGCCUGCGCUACAUCUGCAUAUACACACGCCUCUCGCUUCACAUCAAGUGAGGUCAAGCGACCACUCUUCGCUGCGCACGCGAACAACGCACCACGCGCCCUGAGCAACUACAGCCGAGGGACUAAGGUAACUACUGCGGUGCCGAGAAAAAAAACUUGUAGCGUCAAUUUCUGCCCAGACUUUGCGGGCGAAGCCAAAAAAUCCAAAGAGGAGCGGCGCCAAAGCGGGACGUGGGAACUGUUGGACCUCUUCUCCUGUUUUCUCCUCGCUUGGGGUUUAGUCUCAGUCCAUAGCGCGCAUUGUAGUGCCUCGGAUGUUUCUCACUGUCUCUCUUUUGCUCGUUGGUUCAGCCUGGCUCUUUUUCUUUUCUUUUUUUUGCUGUUUCUUCUCCCUCCGGAUCGAUUCUCCUCCGGUUGAAUUUCUCCCCCCCGGGGGUGGGUUGGAAGGGCGCGGGUGUUUAGGA